AUGUUUGACUUUCCAUCAGCCGAUCUUUUUCAUCGAGACCUCAAUGAAGCUUAUACAACAAGUCAACUACUGCUUGAAGAUGAUUAUCCUUUGCGCUACAUUGAUUGUAAGAUUGAAAUAAGACGUUUUUUUUCUACACAUGAUAAAUUUGUCUGCAAUACUUUAGAUGCAAUCAUUGAGCAACAGAUGCCCAUGAGGGCUGCUACAACUUUUUGGCUCGACACUCUUUGUGAUUGUAAAGUCGAUCAACCUUUACCAUUACCAGUUGAUCGGCAACGUAUUUCCGAUGAUUAUCGCACUGGUCGCGGUACAACAGUUUCUUUUGACUUCGGCGAAGAACUCUCACGAGCUUUUCUUGCUCGUGUUUCCAUGUGUAAUACGACGCCAGAAUAUAUGACUCUUGCCUGUUAUUAUGCAUUCUUAUUUAAGUUGACAAAUGGAGAAAAAGAUUUGUGUAUCGGAAGGAAUACACAUGGCCGUUAUAAGCCUGAACUAAUGUCAUUGAUUGGCAUGUUUGUAAAUGCAAUCCCAUUACGAUGUCAACUAGAUCCGCAUUGGUCAUUUAAACGUCUGGUCAAUGAAGUCUACGAAAUAGUGACAGAUGCUAUGAAUUAUUCGUAUUUCCCUCUUCAACGUAUUCUAGCUCAGCACCCCCUUGCAUCUAAACCAAUGUUUCUUGAUACAUCUUUUGUUUUUGGAUUAAAGAAAGGAAGCGAAAUUUCUAAUGAAAUUAUGAUUGGCGAUGUUUGUCUAGGUCUUGCAACUCACUCAAUCAGCAUUGGAGCAGAUGAGAUAGUAAGCAAGUUUGACUUUUCGCUUAACAUUUACCAAGAUUCAGUAACUCAACAAUUAUCAUGUACAAUCGAAGCAUCACUUGAUCUAUUCGAAACAGAAACAAUCAAUAGAUUUGCGCAGCGAUUCCAUAUCAUGUUGAAGGAAUUAUUCGAACAGACUUUUGAUUGGCUCCAUGAUCCUAUCUAUAAACUAUCCUUAAUGUUACCAGAUGAAACUCAGCUAGUAAAAUCGAUGAAUGAGGUUCCAAUACCAUUUUCUUCAGUUAACUGUAUACAUCAAGAGUUCAUUUAUCAAGCAAUUGAAUUAUCGCAAAAGGUGGCUGUAGAACUUGAUGAUCAAUCCGUAACAUACAGUGAACUUCUUCAUUUUGCGCAGGUUCUAUCACUACAUCUGCUUCAUAAAUAUGGAAUUAAACCUGGAGAUAUUAUCUGUCAAUGUGUUGAACGAAGUAUACACAUGGUUAUUGGUAUCAUGUCAAUUGAGAUGGUUGGUGGUGUCUACUGUCCAUUGUCACCUGAAAAUCCGGCUCAGCGUUUGACUAUGUUGUUGCAACAAGUCGAAAGUCAUAUUGUCCUUGUUGACAAUAUGACACGAGAUAAAUUUGCCGACGAUAUCGUCACAUUAAAUGUGAACACAAAUACCAAUCCUUAUUGUUUCAUCGAUUUUGCAGAUCUUGAUCGACUGUCGAUGAUAAGAGUGUCAUCUGAAUGUAUAUCCCAUAUUAUUUUCACUAGUGGCUCAACGGGAGUACCGAAAGCGGUUAGUAUAAAAUCAACAUAA